AUAAUAUUAGUGCUUAAAAAUAUUUAUGUGGUAAAUAAUAAGAAAAAAUGUGUGUUUAGUGAAUUCUAACGAAGGAGGAUGCAGUUAUAUUUAUACAGUUACCAACAAUACAUAAAUUCUUUCGCAAAAAUACGCGAGGAUAAAUGUUUUUGCAGUUAGUUUAAUGCAGCGUAUUAACGGGGCUUAAAUCAUUGUAAGCUGCUGUAGACGGUUAUGCGCCAGCGCCGUGCGCCACCAUACACUGCACUGAGCAUGGCUGGGAAAUCGUUGAAUGUACAUCAAAUGAAUUUUAAAUGUUAAAACAAUCACUUUUAAUCUAAAAUAAAGUGCGAGGAUAAAGUGUGAAUGCAAAGUGAAAAAUAAUAAACCAAAAAAAAAAAAAAAUACAAUAUAUAACGGUAUAUAAAUACACGAAUCUAUGAGUGCGCGUAGCAAGCGAUUGCAAAUAAUAAAUGAAACGCAAUAAAAUUGCAAAAAAGAAAUAAAAUAAAAUUAAAAAAAAAUAAAAGUGAUGAAAAAUACGAAAUUACAUAGAAAGUGGGUGGAAAAUCGAAAUCAAACAAAACAUAAAAUUAAAUUAAACGCAUAAAAACAAACGACAUUCUGCGCUUAAUCCCAUUCGUAGCAGCAAAAUCCACGCCUGUCAUUUCACGAGGAUUAACACAUCACAGACGAGUGGCAGUCGCAUAGGCGCUUACAGCAAAGGUGCUUGUGUCUUCGCAGCGCAGGAUAACGACAAGUAUAUAAGCACACACACACACACGCAUAUAUGCACACAUAUACAUUUAUAGACAGACGCGCCUUCGAUUUGGUGAGCGGAAAUUGCUCGCUUGUCACAAGUCAACAAAAAGUUGGUCUUCGCCACACAGACCGGCAUACAUAUAACGGGGCACACCAAUCAUCAUGCAUUCACCUGGAAAAUACGCACUAAUUUUCAAAUAGUUGGCAAUAAAAUCGCUGAAUGCGAGGAAUGCAAUCGCUGCGCACGCCAAAUUAGUCCACAUUUUUUGCGCUACGCCAGCAGUCCACGGCGCUACUGCCGCCAACACCAGCACCACCAUCCCCAACCACCAGCGUUGCAGGCAUCUUGAGUCCACACCACACAUACUUUUACCCACUGCCACUUCGACUAUCACUUUUAUCUACUCUACUCUACUAAAAGUGUUUAGUUACCGCGCAACGAAAACUUGCUCCUUUGCCAAGGACGUUUCUCUUCGGUACGCGCGUACGAAGCUCGUAAAAGACCAACCAACAGAGCGGAGCUGGAGCGAGAGACACAAGGGUGCAUGCGGUGGAGGCAACUUUCGACAAAAGUUGAAGCUGCAAAGAUUUUUGGUUAUUUACGAAUUUUGUUGAUUUGUUGAUUUCGAGGAUUGAAAGUUGUGGCAUUAGCAAAUCAGGGCAGGAGACGACACGACGACACAACGAAGGCGCCAACACAAUUGCGAACAAGCGUAAAAAGUAGAAAGAAAAAAGUCAACACAAUCAAAAGAAGUGAUAAAACACAAGCAGCAAGUGGGUGUAGGAAAAGAAGAAGCUGCAGCGAGCAGAGCGGAGACGAUUGGCGUAAGAAAGAGAGAGGGAGAGAGAGAGAGUGCGAGGGUGUAAAGGGACGCCAGCGGUGGCUUUGUGGGUGGAAAGUUUGCGCAACAAACGAAAACCGAGCCACUGUGGCUGCCAGCCAGCAACAGUAGUUGAAUUUGCGGCCGAGGAAAAACUCAAUUGUAGUUGGCGUUAGCGCAAUUGUUGUUGUAGUUGAAGGCUCCGGCACUAAAAUCAAAUAAUCAAAGCAAACAUUGAGGCUGUAAUAACAAGGUAAGCUGGAGGACACGAGCGCCAGCUGCAGCAACAGCCGCUACACGCCAGCAUAAUAGUAAAACUAGUAGCUGCAACAACAGCAAUAAAGCCAACAACAGCUACAACAAUGUUGGCUACUAAAGCAGCGGCGAAAGAUGAGCAGCGGCAAAGAUCAAAGCAUUAAAUAGCCAAAGAAGUUGCAGGCACGAGCCAUAGAGUAGCAGUUGGAACACAAAAAAGCGGAAGGAGAAGAAGCGGAGGAUUAAGUAGUGACUCCACAACAAGAAGAACAACAAACUGGCUUGCGGCACAAAAAAACAGAGCGCGUGCAGCGUGGCGGCGAACGAGACGGCAGUACGGCGGCAGACGAACGCCAUUGCAGCAGCAACAACAAAAACACGCACAACAAACAAUUUGUGCAGUAUUAGAGCAACAGCAACGGCAGCAGUGGCAGUGGCGGCGACAGACGCGUAUGCAAUCAAGGAGCACAGAAGAAUGUGUACGAAGACCGUUGAGUCGCAAGAGCAGCAGCGCCACAAAUGCACGGAUGAGCAAUGCGAUGACAGCAGGUACAACAAAAACCGACUACGACAACAGCAGCAGCAACAGCAACAACAACAGCACAAUGCCAAUGACUGCGACGUGGAAGUUGUUCAAGAGCAAAAAGCCAAACGAGCACACAAAACACUCGUGCGCGAAACGUUGCUGCCGCGGCAGCAACAACAACCACAGCAGCAGCAGCUGGAGUCAACGCCAGAACGAGGGCUGGCGCGUGACAAAAGGCAAUGGCAGUCAAUGUGCGGCAGCGGCCACGGCACACGCUGUCGUCGUGCAGGAAUCAAGUGGAAAAUUAUAAUAUCAACAAUAAUUUUGCUAUUAUGCCGCACAAGUCACGUGCUCGCCAUACGAAAGGGUCGUCUCAUGUCCCCCAGCUCAUUCACUGCCCUAAGCGGAGAUCUACACGUACAGAUACAAUUCAGCGGCGAAGAUGUGGCAGUCGGCAAUGCUGUUGGGGGCGUGGCAGGAGUUGGGGCCAAAGAUGGCGUUGAAGUGGCGGCUGAUGAAGCAAACGUGCGGAGUACAACAACAACAACGUCAACCACUGAAGGCAGGACAACGGCGACAGCUACAAUGACGACAACGUCGUCAACAACAUCACGCACGACACAGCCAUUAGAUGGGUUGGGUUUCCGUCAAGUGGGUGUCGGCGGCGGCGGUGUGGGCGUCGUGGAGAAUACCAUUACAAGCACUUUGGUAAUUAGUAAAAUCAUUGACGAUUUUGUGGAUGCAAUGGAUGCGGCGUCGGGUAAUGAUACAGCGCGUGCAUAUGUGGAGCAUGCACAGUUCAAUAGCAGCUUAACGAGCAGUUCGAGUGCGGAAGUGACGACGCCAGCAGCGUCCAAUGACACCCACAAUCAGUUGGCGCGUCCAACCAAAGUGUUGCAACGUCGCCGCAAAGAAAUCGUGCAGAAUAUACCGGUCUUCCCCGAUCCACGAAAUAAUGUUACACAAAUUUCGGUGCCAUGUCAGACUUUUACACGUGGCGGCCUGUACGAAAUGCAGGUGGUAACCAAUUUAAAGACUACCACGCCAGUUGUUGCGUUGAAUGCCAGCGCUCACGAGCCACUGCCCACUGUGACCACCACCACGCUGAUGCCGGUCAUCGAUGAGCGUUUGCGUCAGACCCUAGACGUGCGAUGGCCGAGCGCCGACAUGCAAGUGACGCCGACGCGCUUGCGCACCUACCCCGAACAGCCGGUCGAGGUCGUGCUACGCUUUCCCGAAGUCAACUGUGAGCGCGCUUGGCACGAGAGCAACUCGCUGGAUUUGCCGCAAUUUUGGCUGGAGCUGAUCUAUUGCGGUAAGCAACGCAGCUGCAGCGAUGUGUCGCCACAAAAUGUCAGCAAAUCGAGCAUUUUAUACAUGGAGCAAGUACGCGGCUACCCGAAGCAUAAGCUCGUACAGCUGGGUUGCGAACUCUUCGGUUUGGCUGGCAAUUAUGCGGUGCAGUUGCGUCCGAUGGUGCCGGCGCCGAAUGUGCCCAUCACACGUCGCUUUCUCAGCGUCGAUUGGAGCGAUAAAUUUGUGUUUAAUGUUUAUGCGCGCAGCAUCUUUCCUUGCGAUCCGCACACGGGCAUCGGUGUGUUGUACGAAUAUCCAGCUUGUAUACUGGAGCAGGGUGAUCGUGUGCGCGUUUUUGCAAAGUUGCGCGCUGAUGUGGCAUCGCUGAAACCACCCACUACGCUGCACUAUGUCGCCGAGCAGCGUGUGGUGAAGAGUCAUCAUUCGCUUUACUUCAGCUGUGACUUAUUCACCGAGAAGUUCGUCGAGUACUGCUUCGUCUAUGUGAGUCAAGCCAUAUCGGGUGCGGUAGCGGACGUGCGUAUGGAUUGUGUACCCACAUUGCCAGUUAGCGACUCCGACACUGGCGGCUGGGGACCGUGGAGCGAAUGGACACCAUGCUCGACGAAUUGUCUGGGUGGCACGCGUAAUCGUUAUCGAUUUUGUGACUCACCCCCACCGCGUUAUGGCGCUAAAUUCUGUGAGGGCCCCUCAGUGCAGACCGAAAAAUGCGGCAACGCCGUCGCCGAUACCUGGGACUGCAUUUACGAAAGCAGCGGCGCCACCUUCACUGCCGCUAAUCGCACCGAGGUCAGCCAAGAAAUUGGACCUGGCUGUCGUUGUGGCUGCAUUGUACAUUUGGGCUCGUCAAAGCCAAAACGCAUUUUAGCAGGCGCCACACAAAGCUGUCCGGGACGCUCGUUUUGGCUUAUACAGGUGGAUGGCGAGGAGAAUAUUGCGCUGAGUUUGAACUUUUUGCGCUUGCCCUGUCCGGCGCAGUACAUCAAAGUACGUGACGGUCCGUCGCUCUCAUCGACGUUGCUCAUUGAAUUGAACGGCGGAAGUAAUUUAAAUAUGCCAACACAAAUAGAAUCGAGUGGCGCGCAAUUGUUGCUGGAGUUCUAUGCGGGCGAGCCGAGCGAUGUGCAAGCGUCCGCCAAGGGCCAGAGCAACCACAACAACAGCAGCAACAAUACGGUGGCGGGCAGCGUUAAUGCCGCUUGCACCGGUGGCUUUUUGGCGAAUGUCGAACAAAUUGCAGCGCGCAAUGAGACAACAACUACUUUACUGGCCGCAGCCACCAGCAGAUUGUCGGCAAAGAAUCGCAACGUUUCGCAGAAGCCAAAAUUUAGUCGUUCGAAAUUUACGUUGGUCCACUUGAGUGCGGUGGUCUUUGCCAGCAUCAUUAUCUUGAUCAGCGCCUUAUUGGGUGCGCAAUAUGUUGUACGUUAUCGCAAGUACCAUUUGGCAGUGGCGCGUCGUCGUGAUGAAGGCUCUCGCCUGCACACGCCACGCGCCUCAAUGAGCUCCUUGCAAGGACCGCCAUCACGCGCCAUUUCGACUACCACGCUACUAUCGGAGGUCAUCUAUUUGGUGAAGAUGCGUCCGAAACAUCAGUUACGUCACUCCAUAUUGCGGGAGAGCGUCGAUGCGGAGAAUUUGGCGCGCGAAACGGAAUUCAAUGACCCCGAAGAAGAAGAGGAUGCCAAAACGACGACACGCAUGGUAAAGUGCGAUGAAGAACGUGGCAGCAACAGCUCAGUUGUCACUUUGCGCAAUGAAAUCUCACAAUCGCCUGAAUCUGUGAGUGGCAUGAGUCGGUCGCCGUCACUUGAGGAGGGUUUGGGCUCUACUACGGGCGCCGGCGAGACCAGCGGCAUUUUUAGUGGCACACUGACACGCAAGGACAGCGGUAAGGACACCGAAUCGAUCAUUUCCUCAGGCAUGAGUUCAAUUUGCGCCAGUCCACCUAUCAGGCAUAGCAGUCGCUUCAACCGUUAUGGGCCCUCGGGCACAUUGAUGCCACAUUCAGCACAACACUUAGACCAAACGACGCUCAGUGAUCGCGACUCAUUGCGUUCGUCGUUGCGCGAAUACGUGUCACGUUGUGCGAGCGCUUCGCUGACAAAUGGCUGCUAUUCACCAGCAGCGAGCGUCGUCAGCACAGCCACCAUACGUACCACCAAUCCUAAGGAGAGCAAAGAGAAGCAGAAUCGCAAAAAGUUACUUGCACGACCCGGUUCCGAAUUUUCACUGGGCAAUCAGGAAGAGCUCGAGCUCGAUUACUACGAUUACAAUGUGAUAAAUGCCGGCGCAGCACCUGGUUCCUAUUUGGGUAUGGAUCCGGCGCAACUGAUCUGGGUACCACCGCUGGAGGUGAUCACCGAUCUGCGCGAUGAGGAUGAUAAAACACCUGAACCCAUGCCGGAGCCCGACGAGACUGAGCCGCUCUAUGAGGAGAUCAAAAUGCCGCGUUAUGGGCAUUAUUUGAGCGCGCGCAGCAACACAGAGUCGAGCGCCAACACCACUAGCAAUACAACACCCUCAUCCGAUGAACUCUCGCCACUAAGCAGUCAACUGCAGUCAAAGGCCUCCUCGCCCACCGCCGAAUUGAAUCUAAAGAACACAUUGCUGCAGCAAAACAUAUCCACAAGCGCGGCCAGUAAACAACCCACACCCUACUUUUCGCGCAAACAACGUCGCCACGCCAAACAGCAAUCACGUUCCACCUCUUCGCUGCGCAGCGGCGCACGUGAUGUCGUCAUACAAAUGCAACAGUUGUGCAGUACCAAAUCCGCACGUAAUAUACGCAGCUCACCCACAGUAUCGGUGGAAGCGGCGGAUGCGGUAUCGGCGCAUGCAACACCGCGUGGCUCACCCGAAAUACCCGCUGUAUUGGUGAAUUCCAUCACCGACUCCAUGACCGAGUCCAUGACGGGCUCUUAUGUGGAGAAAGAAACUUUAGUCGAGAAGAAGACAUCGCCAGAAUUAAGCGACGGCCUACUCGGCUUAGACGACAUACAGUUCGCCGAUGAGAGCGAAAGCGAUCACGACAUGUCCAAGCAAAAGUGCAGCAAAUACGAGCAGGUGAAGCCGAAAACGGCAACCUCAAUCAAAGCGCGCAUGCAGCACUCCUCAACGGUAGCGGCAAAAUUGAAGCGCGUCAGCGCCGACUGUGCAAUAUUGGAGAAACGCGGUCUAGUCAAAGAGCCAAGCUCGUAUCGCAUCGAAACGAAUGUAUGAGUAAUAAGUAAUUGGAAUUAUUUUGUGGUGGCGCUUGAGCGCGCAAGAGCUGAGCUCACAAUGAUUUGAGGCGAUAUACAUAUAUAGUGCAUACAAACAAACCUACUUGAUAAUGCAUGCAUACAGCAACAACACAUAUACUUAUAUACAUAUAUAAAUGGUAAGCGUAAAUGAUUAUGUCAUAAUACUAAUCAGGGGAAGGGCUAGCAGCUAGCUGGCAGUUGUUCCAUUGGUUACUAAUUAUAGGUAUCUGUUUCGUUUGCUUUUCCAUGUAAAUACAUAAUGAUAACAGUAAUUAUUAACCAGUAGUUUUGUAGUUUAAAAAAACAUAAGAUAACUAACAGUUUAAUAUAUACAUACAUAUGUAUGUAUAAUAUAUGGUUAUGUGUAUUGUACUAAAGUAGCGUAACAAAGGCGUUUUUUAAGUAAUUACACUGAUCGUAUUUGAAUACCUUGUGACCAAAAAUGUUUACAUACAUACAUAUGCAUACAAACGUACAUAUUACAACUAAUAUCUAUAGUAGCUCUUAAAUGUCUGCCAAGUUUAUUCAAAACAAAGUGGCUGGCGGGGAAGUGGAGGCAAAAUUUAAAAAUAAAUUUCGCUUAAAUUGAGAUUAUCGUAAGAAAUUGUAGUAAAACAUAUUGUUCAGAGCAUUACCAACCCUCUUAAGGGGUUACAUGGGUUUCACGGCUUCAAAAAAUAUUUCGUUUAUUUAACUAUUAAAUUCUCUGCUCAGCUAUACAAUACUGGGCUUAAACAACCGGACAGUUGGAGAACUUGAAUCAAAGCGAUACAGUAGACCAGAUCAUCGGAGGAGCCUGUUGUUGUUGCGACGGUAGAAUUCUGCCGAGUUAACAGUGCUUGAGUGGAUAAAAAAUACGGGUCCGUUCCGAUUACAAAGACCCGACAGUCGUGGGAACGGUCGGUUGAGCCUGUCUUUCGAUUCCUUCUAGACCCAUUUUUUCCAGCAAAAGAAACAGUCUGAUCUUUUUUCUAUGAAAUCUGCGACAGGAGUCUGCCUGAAUCCUACAACAGCCUAUUUUUGUCUACUGUGAUGUGGCCAUUAUUUGCAUUUUUUCUGAAAACGUACGCCAAAAAUACUAUUUUCACUUUUUUUAUUUCUUCUUCGUCUAAUACUUUUAUGCUCCUAAUUAUAGCCGUAUUGUUUUCUUUCUACUUUUGAUGAUCCUGUAAGAGUUCUGCCGUUUUCCGAGCGACUGCCGGAAAAGACGUCGUAAUGGCCGAUUUUGAAUAUUUUUUAUUGAAAAUUAUACAAAAUCUCAAUCUACGUACAUAUGUCAUUAGAAGGGAAAUUUUUAAUAAAAUAUUCUUUUUUAUCUGAAAAAAAAAACGUUGAAAAAAUAGUCAGUUUUUUGCUCAAGGAAACCCAAACCUUUAAUAAAAUAUUUAAUUUUUGAUAUGAAAUAAAAAAAUAUUUAAAUAUACAGCUUUUUGCUCGAGGAAACCCAUGUAACACCUUAGACUUCAAAUCCAUCCAAGAUUUUCAAAACAGUCGUUUUUUUGGUUGAAGUAUGCAUAUGGGCCGUAGAAAAAUUAUUGAAUUACUAAAACAAUGAAAAAAUUAUAUCAUAGUCCAAUCCUAUUAAAUAGGCGUUCAGGCCACUCAGCUUAAACUUCUCAAACUUAUUUUAUUAUCGCAAAUUGUUUGGCAAAAUUUUUAUCUUUUUUACAUUUCCAAUAUUUUGCGAAAUAUUUGUGUAAAGCUAAAAAUAAAUGCAUUUACUAGCAGCUGUUACGUAAAUUAAGAUCAAUUUUUUUAUUAUGUUUCAGUGAGUCCAAUUUGCUAGAUUCGCUUUUGCGUGCGAUAUACAUAUUUUUUUGCCGCUAGUGUAGGAAAUUUUUCGUGCAAACAACAACGGCAGUGAUAUCUCUGCCAACGGCUUCCAUAUGCAAUGACAAGUCGAUCGCGUUCUCAAUUCUCUCUCACACACUCUUUGCUAUGCAUAAUUAUUAACACAUGCCUAACAGGGUUGCCUUCAUUCCUUGCUUAGGAUUAACAUUGCAUUUGCUUGAGGAUAGUUCUGUUUGCGCGACAUAAAAAGAAUAUGAAAAUAUUAUAUUACAUAUCGCGAAAAUAUAUUUUAUUAACUUACAUGUUUUAUAAAGUUAUAUAUUUAAUAUACAAUAUAUAUUUUAUUGAUUUAAAACUUUAAUUGCGAAAUGUAUAAUGCUUUGAGCAUAACUUAGGUAAACUAACUUUGGAAAUUGCCUCCACUUUUCGUUGCCGCACAAGUUUUCUUGCUAAAUUUCCUGAAACCAAAAUUAAAUUGUAACCUAAACAAAUCUGUUAAAGCCUGUACUCACUUACUUCGUACCUAUUUGUCCUCUACGAAAAGUAGUAAUUAGUUAAUAAAUACGCACUUAGGUGUACACUUUUACAAAAUAUCAGCAAAGCAAAUUCAAAAAAUAAAAUAAAUAAAUUUAAGCAGAGAAAAGUACUUGAUAAAGCAAGAAACUAAAAAUUUACUUUAAUAAUACGAAACUUUAUUGAAAUAAGCAGAGGAAAAAAGUAAAAAUUUACAAAAAUAAAAAAAAAUACAAAAGUUAAAAAAUAUUGAAACUUAAAUUACGUAAGUAAUGAUAAAGAACGCGAAAACUACGAAAUUAAUAUAUUUGGAGCAAAAAAAAAAAUAUUAUCUAAUACAAUUUAUAUACUUGGAAUAUGAGUAAUAUUAACUGAUUAUAUAAAUACUUAGAAUUCAUGACAUGUGUUUCAAAAUUGGCGCGAAUUUGGUUUUGCUAAAAUUUAAAGUAACAAUACGCUUAAUGUGCAUUUAACUGUUUCGGAAUCAAAAGUAAUUUAUUAAUAAAUAAUUACAAAUAAUUUUAAAAAAUAUAUAUUUUGA